CACUUUUCUACGUCUUAGAGCAUACCCAAAAUUUUACAGCCCCCUCAUAGCCCAUACCUAGCUAGCUAGCGGAGCCGCCCGUCAAGCUCUGGUGUCAAUCGUGCUAACAUAUCGACUUCAAGUGCACGCUCCAGCCGGCAUGGCGACGCUUGUGGAGCUCCCGACGGAGAUCUUGCGAAUCAUAUGCGGUCAUCUCUACGAGCAGCAAGAGCGCAAGGCCUUAGCUGCCCUCUGCCUUGGGAACCGGAGGCUGCGUGACAUUACUCAACAAGUGCUCUACAAAGCGGUCAUCUCCGUCAAGCUGCUUGAAGUGAAUAAGCCGGCGCACGUGAAGGUAGAGGAGCUGAAGCGGUUCCUGGGAUACACCGAGAUCAUAAGCAUCGAUAUCGAGCCGACCCAGGACCAGCGCGACCGCGCCCACAUGUGCAAAGCCUUCGCGGAGCUCGCGCGCAAAUUCCCAACCAAUAACCGUGUGCGCGUUCUCACGUUCACAUAUACAAGCUGUCUGUACAAGGAGAUGCGGGACGACUUGAAUGAGCUACUUGGCCGCCUCACCAAUCUGCGGCGUGUGUUACUUCCACCUGGAGAUAGUCUCUCCCAGCUCCGGGCAAAACUUGGCUUCAACCCUAACAGCACGCCGAAGCUUGAGGCUGGUGCUUACCUUGUGCAGAAGGAAUCGGAUGGAUCGCCCGACGACCUUGACCUUGCGCUCUCGGACGGCACCGAUGCGAGGACUGCUAGCGCUUUGCUCAAGCACAAGUCGGACUUCACCUCCAUCUAUCUUGUCGGGAACGGCCAGCGCCGGCAACUAUCAACGAUAUUUCAAUCCCUCGCUAUCCCGAACACCCUCACGACCAGCUUCCUCAGCUGUAAGGAAAUGAGAGUCGGUGAGGUCGGACCCAUAUACCCAAUACCCACAUUAGGAGUUGAUUUCUGGGACUGCAAGGAAACCAGAAGCGUCUUCCGCUACGUCAUCGCUAAUGGCCUCCCGCUUAAGAAACUACACUUUGCUGAGGUGAUGCUGCCUGCCGAAGACUGCAUCAAGAACGCCACCACCCUCCUGGACGUUGUCAAGUUGAGCAAGGAAAUUGAGGGUCUAAGCAUACAAGCCACCAGGAUGAAGCAAGGCAUGGAAGGCUCGACAUUGGUAUCCCAACUGGGCGCUGAGCUGCGAUAUCUUCUCCUACAAUGUGGAAGCGAAGACGUCCUCACUACACCUCUCCUCAAGCAGCUGCUCGAGAACUGCCCCAACCUCGCCGGCCUUGGGAUGACCUGGGAUAAAGCCGGAGAUGUGUUCGCAAAGCGUAACGCGGCUAACUUCAGCAAGGAAUUCAAGAAGCUAGGUCACGUGCUGUCAUCCGGAAAGCUUCGUCACUUUGGCCUCCGCGUCAAACCGCCGCAAACCCCCGAGAGCAAAAAGCUUUUCAACAAAUCCGAAGAAGAGGCCUAUCAGCGAGCUGCCAAGCGAAUCGUGCGAGCUUUCGCGAGCCAAGGGUGCAACCUGAUCACAGUGGCCAUUUCCAUGCGCAAGCACGAAUACAGCGAGAACAGCAUCGCCAUCCCUAUGGCCCAGGUAUUCCUAGUGACAGAGCUUCGUGGGGACGGCAUGCCAGCUGAGCAUUUGACGGACGAAGAUCAAGAGAUCAUUCGGGCUAUUGGAGGAAACGCUCCGGGCAGCAUAGGCUACCACACCAUGACGAUUGGCAGACCGAUCCAAGACCUUCGUCCAAGGGAGAAGAGGGCCUGCAUCGUUGCUUGAGGACUUUCGGUGGUACAUACAUGGGAGAGUGGGACGUAUGGCAUGCGCGGAAUCGGGAUGAGCAACGGGCAGCCUAGAUCGCUCGGAGGUGAUUUGCACGCACCGGACUGGCUGUUGACAGUACGUCGUGUUCAGCAAGCCUCGUAAUGUCAAAUGAGAAUCCGU